UUUGGCAGUCUGUGUUGGUAGUGACAACACACAGGCUUUGUUUAGCUGCCAAAAUGUGAAAGCAACAGAGCUUGCAAGGACAUGUCAGAGGAGGUUCCAGAUGUGCCUGAGCUUCUGGAUCCAUUUUCAGCUGCUGAAACAGCGGCCCAAUCGGUUCUGGAGCAGGUCCUCCAAGAAGGAGGCAAACUAUUGUACGACAGCUACAUCGAGCGGAAGUCGUUUUCUUUUGCUGCAACUGCCGCAUGCGAGGUUCUGAUUGGCGAGCUGAAAAUGUGCUUCGUUCGUCAUGAUCUAGGGGAGGAUCAGUUGUCAAAGCCAGGCACUUCAUCAAGACCCGGAACCAGCAGCAAAAGUGAUAUGGCACGACCUCAUAGCACCGAGGCUGGCCUCUACAGCGCACGAGGUGCUUUGAUAGAAAGCACUUUGCGCCCUGGGUCAGCACCUGCGACAGCUGACAGGUUUGCUUCAAGUCAGGCAGCAGCACCUGACCAUCAAAGGAAAGAGACAGAAGAAGCAGAUUACGGAGAAGCCAACCCAGGUUGUUUGCCUGAUUCAGGCAAAAUGGCUCGGAGGGAUGGCUGGCUCCUAGAGACAGAGCCUCCAAGAAGUCGAAUUGACACAUGGGCGCGGGCUUGCGUCCCAAUCCGAAAGGUUUUCCGCAAGGAUGAGCGAAAGAACGCUCCGCCAGUCAAACGUUCCGGUUCACGCGCCUCCUAUGGUUCUGUGUCCAUCCCUGGUAGCAGAUCACCUUCUAGGUUUGGUGCUCACACAGUAGCUGAGACUGAGACCUCGGCCCCAAAGCCCAUCCGAAAUCAGCAGAUUCCUUUGGUUGAUGAACGCGAGGAAGAUGAAGAAGAAGCCAUGUUGCGAGAACUGAAAGAGCGGGAGGCGAGGAAGAUGAGGGAUGAUCAAGUUCGUUCGGAAAGAAAGGCUGCAGAAGCCGAGGAAGCCAAGAUGUCACAGGUCAAGGACGACAAGAAGAAGCAGUUUGCCUACGAUUCAGAUGGUAAUUUGAUCUUGGUACAGCCUCCGCAAGUUCACAGACUACCAAACCCAAACACUGCACCAACGUUUGUGUGCAAGCAGGAAGAAGUUUCUCAAGAGCAUAGGGUGCCAGAGAAGAAAGCUGCUCGCCGUGAGAAAGGACGAAGAAGGGAGAACUCAGUUGAGUUCAAAGAUGGUUUCAAGAAGUUCCUCUCGCAGCAACCAUCUAUGAUGGAGGCUAUGGUAAUGUCACCUGGUGUGGAGCUUGAAGAAAAUCAUCGGAGCAAAAAGGGUGAGAAGGCCAAAAGCCACAAGCCUUCAACAAUGUCAAGAAAAGAAUACGAGGUUGGAAUGCAUCUUGCAUGUUUGUUUUUGUCAUUUGCCUUCAGUAGGGUAUCAGCAUUGCAUGUCAACCAAGGAGAUGACAAAAGGCAUGGGCCAUCCUCUAAGAUAUUCUACUCCUGCUCUCUGCACUCUUUGGUUUUCCAUCCUUGGUCUUCGCACUCGCUCUGGCUACCUGCAGCUAGGUGGUGUGCCGGAGCAGACAGUGGCAACGCCGAUAAAGUCAGUGCCACCACGAAAAGUCUCACAUGUGGACACUGCGCCGCCCAAGGAGAUGCAGGCA